UGUCUAUUUUUCCUGUGGCAAUUUUUUAAACAAUUAUAUAACUGCAAAUAUAAUCGAGUAGGAAUCCUUAUUCAAAACGAAGCUUUUCAUAAACAUGAAACAUCGCACGUCAAACGAAGGGAACCAUAAAAGUUGCAUAGUAGGGUACGAAUAUUGAUCAAGGGUUGCUCUGUGUUAGUGCGCACCCCUCGCUGCGCGCUAGUGUGCGUGACCCUCGCCCGUGUGCCGGCCAUCGCGCCCCUAGAUAACUCACUAAAUUCAUAAACACUAAAUAUACGAAUACUCCAACUAAAAAAUAUAAACUCGCGCGAAAAAGGGAUAGUUCGUAGUGGAAAGUAGAUACCGCGUCAAAAUCGUCGUAAAACGCGUCCGACUUUAUAAAAAUCAAUAAAUCACGUAGCGAAUCCUCCAAUAAAAUACAACGUCCGCGUGGAGUGCAUUACAGUGGUGCUUGCAUUUCAGUGAUCUAAAGAACUACCGAUGUUCAAUCACAAGCUACCGACUGACUUUCCAAUGCAAACUCUCCGUAAGAAAACCAGCCCUUGCAAAUAGAUUCUGAGGCGGCGAGCGGCGGCGAAGUAACUAGUACGUUUAGUAAGGGCAAUAUGCAGGUGUGUCAUUUCCAGCAUCUCUUGAGGCAGUUCGACAAGAACGAGCCAGGCCGUUUCCUGGGCGAGGGGGUGUCGUUCCGGGCGAAGCUGAUCGGAGUGUUGGAAGUGCCGGAGGCGCGGGGGGACAGGAUGUGUCAGGAGGCGCUGGCGGACCUGAAGAUGGCGAUCCGGGCGGCGGGCGAGCACAAGCAGAGGAUACAGGUCCACGUCGCCAUUGACGGCCUGAGGCUCCGGGAUGAUAAGACUGGCGACUCGCUAUAUCACCAUCCCGUGCACAAGAUCUCCUUCAUCGCGCAGGACAUGACGGACUCGCGCGCGUUCGGCUACAUAUUCGGCGCUCCUGAUACCGGCCACCGGUUCUUUGGCAUCAAGACUGAUAAAGCUGCUAGUCAAGUAGUCAUAGCAAUGAGGGACCUGUUCCAAGUGGUGUUCGAGCUGAAGAAGAAAGAGAUAGAGCUAGCGAAACAGCAGCUCGAAGGGAAAUCCGUCACCAGCAGUCUAGUGAGGCAUACGUCCACCAUCACCGAUGUUAAAUCUAAGAGUAUCACAACGAUCGGCGAGACGAGCACAUCGACUCCAAAAAACCAAGACACGGCCGAAGGUGGCGUCGCAGAAUUAGUAGAUUUGGAGCAAGAACUCAGUUCUUUGAGGAGGGGGCUCACGCAGGUCGAGGGCCUGACGCCGUCCACGGACCCGUUUGGGGACUCGUUUAUAGUGCCCUCACAGAAAGGUCUUCUGCCGCCGCCCCCCGGCGUCAGUACCACGGCGCGAUCGCGCUCCUCAGCAUCCUCGUCCGCUUCCGCCUCCGCCUCCGCUACCGCCUCCGCUUCCGCGUCAGCGACCGCUUCCGCGCCGCGCACCGUAUUCAGUCCCAAUAAGACGCAACUGCCUUUCGAUCUGCCACCGGAGUUGGAGCCGCCAGCACCGCAGCGGGUCGAGCCUGAAGCUCCGGUCCGGACAUCGACGGCGCUCGGUUACGACGUAUUCACGGAACUAGACCCCCUCGGCACGGGCCGGAGUAAACCUUACGUUGACAAAAAACUCUUCUUUCAGGAGCUCAAAAAUCCGCCAAAGAAAGUGCUCAAAGAUCUCGUCCCGUCUCAGUCUCUCCUUACCGAGAUGCCGGAGAAAGAGUACGGUCAAACGACCAUGACGUCAUUGACGCGGCACUCUGGCGGCACAGUUUCUAUCGGGCGGCCGUUGUAUUCGGCCGGGAAUUUUUUCGCGCAGAUCGAUCCGUUCGAGGAGACAGAUCCGUUUGACAGCACCGAUCCGUUUUCGGACUCGUUUAAGGAGGAUCCGUUUACGAGUAUGCAGGAGUUUCCGAAACAGAGACGGAGUAAGAAUUCGAUCAUGCGUGAGGAGUACGGUCGGAAGCUUGAUAGAGCGGAGUCGCAAUCGCAGCAGACGCAACUGCAAUCGCAGUCGCGGCCGGAAACGCAGUCGCAAGUGCAGACGGAAGGGAAGAAUGUGUUCAAUGGGCCGCUGCAGGUUACGCUGCCGCCUGAGCCCAUUCCUAAGUCUCCUAGGCUACAAAGACAGAACACAGACACGAGCACAAUCCGGCAACGUCCACAGCCCAGUUCCAAACUAAACGCAGAAAGCGCUUCCCCCCCACCCCCCCUUCCUCCGAAGAAAGUCGGCGAGCUCGCCGUCGCCCGCCCCCCGCCGCGGCCCCCGCAGAUAGAGGAGGAGGGCCCCCCGCUGCCGCGGCCGGCUAGAAAGAGAGAGCCUCUGGCGGAUCGCAGCAUGAAGCCACGUUUAUCAUCAGCAGCCACAACAAGUAGCGAGGACGAAUACUUGUCACCCGCCCCACCUCCCCUGCCCGCCGCACGACGGUUCGACAUUACACUGAGCCAACUCCUCACUUGCAGUAUGGAGGAGUUAGCGCACAGGUUAAGAGUUCCAGCGGCGACGUUGUCGUCCAUGACGCUACCUCAACUCACGGAUUACCUCCGGUCCUACCUCGCCGCCGACAAUGAUAGAGCGCACAUCCACAUAGAACCUUCGCAAUCAGAUAAAGAGAAAGACAGACCUCCGCUUUCGACAGCGAUAUCGACCACAAUAUCCGAUAAACCCCCUCCACAAACCUCAUCAGUUACCUCCAUAUCGUCCGACUUCAAGCCGCAGUUCGAAGACAACUUCGCUCCGUCGGAAACGGGCGAAUUCGUCGCGAACUUCGACGAUUUCGACAAAAAAGCGAACCCUAGCUACGACCGAUACGCCGCCUUCAGAGAAAUACAGGAGCAAGAACUGCAAGCUAAAUCCAUAUUAGAUCCUAUUGAUGAUAACGCUGAAGAACCUAAACAGGACUCCGAUGAAAAAGAGGAAUUAGCCGCCAUAAACGAUAUAAUGAUAGCCAAUCAAGAAGUAAAGGAAAAUAAUAGAAGCCCUUUAAAAACGUUAGACGAACUAACUUUAGACUCUUUUAACAUGUUCAGAAAAUCCGUCAGUCCGAAACCGACGCAAAUAGAUGCGAAAAUCGAAGAUAUAAAAUCCGUUAUGAAGAAUUUGCAAAUAGAACAAGCUAGAAGAUCUGUGUCGCCUAGAGAAAAUAAUACGGAAGUUAAAAAUGAAGACAAUAACGAUAGAUAUGCGGCGUUACGUGAAAUAACAAUAACAGAGCCGCAAGACGAAUUCGAGUCGUUACCACCCGAAGCGCCUAAAGAGCGAAAGCGAUCCGAUGAGAAAUCAGAUGGAUUCGAUAACAGUGAUUUCUUCGACUGUAUUGACAACAGCAGUCUGUCCUUCUCGCACGUGGAGGAAGCGUUCAGGAAGAGCCCGAGUGUGAAAGAGAAGGAAGAGGUAAAAGAGAAACCGGUGGAGCUGGCGCCUGUGAGGGAUCUGCAGCCGCCGCAGAGACUAUCUACGGGGUCUAUUAGUGACGUGGCUAGCGGGUCGUCACCGGACACUAAAGAGAAAUCCGUGUCUCGUGGUGCCGGGCGGUCCGGGCGCUGGGCGGUGCUGGGCGCGGGCGCGUCGCCGUGGUCGUCGGACUCGCGCGACUCCGAGCCGCGCCGCGCCUGGCGGGACUCGCGCCGCCGCCGCCACCACACCCCGCCGCCCAAGGGCACCGUGCAAACAUCGUCCUCGUCACGUGACGUGUCUCCGUGGGACGAGGAGCCCCCGCCGAGCCGCCUCCAGCGGCCCCCGCAUCGCGAUAGGGAAUCUAGGCACAACUCAUCGCAAGGCUCUAGAGAAUGCCUAGACUCCGGCAGCGGGCGAGAGAAGGACAAAAUACGCGACAAAAGAGACAGCCGCGACAGAGACAGGGAUCUCAGCAGAGAGGGACGGGAGUCCCGAAGGGAUUCGGGCAGCGGCCGGGAUCGCCGUGACGUCAGCAAAGAACGCGACCAUAGAGACCAUAGAGAUCGGCAUCGGAGGAGUAGAGAUAGGGAAAACGAUACGUGGGAUCGAGAUAGAACGUAUAGCAGGGAGAGAGAGCGAGACAGGACGUAUAGCAGAGAACGGCCGAAGGAUUACAGGGAUAAAGAAAGGGACAGACAUAGGAAGCCGCGGCAUUCGUAUGAUGAGGAGGAAGAUUACAGCGACGGUUGCGGGUCUGGCAGAUCGUCUCCCAGGGGGUGGGGCUCCGACCAGCGGUGGCGAAGUAACGAACGAAAUUAUGGGUCAUUGGGGUGGCGUGAGUCGAGGCGGCGGAAUGAAGGCAGGCAGGCGGACGAGCUUAGCGAACGAAGGUACGGAUCGACGCUCGGCUGGUCGUCGCGUCGCUCCAAUAACAGUUCCUCCCGCCGCGACUCCGAUCGCGAUACGCGCGACCCCCGCGACCCUCGCGACCCCCGCGACCGUGACCCCCGCGACCCCCGCGACCCUCGCGAACCCCGCCGCCGUUCGAGACGCGAAGAUCCCCGACAGCGGCGCGACUAUCGGUUCUCGAAUGAUUUCUCGCCGCGGGAGCGGACCAGUCCGUUCGAUAAUGACUUCACAGAGCCUCCGCCCGCGAGGAAGAAGGCGCCUUAUGCGAACCUGGAAGGAACGAGAUUCGCCUUCGAGUCGGAAGAAAUCACCGCGUCCCCGCUCUCGACGGGCAGCGCGCGGCACGACGAGUCGACGUCGCGAUUCCGCUUCGACUCGGACUCCGUGUCCCCGCGCUCCAUGUUCGAGGACGACUUCACGCUGUCCACGCCCCGCGGCCGCACCGCCUCCAUCGCCGAGGAGGACGAGGACGUGCCUCCGCUGAGGCCCAAGCCCCAGCCGACGCACAGGGACAUUAAGAAAUCGGAAUCCGUCAACAUCUUCACCCGCGAAUCGGAUCCGUUCGAGGGAGACGAUUUCUUCGCCUGCACGGGAUCCGACCGCGCCGCGCGCCGCGAGAACUGGCCGGGGGACUUCCAGGGGUUUAACGCGUGAGGACGCGUUCGCUUCGUCGUGUGACCAUAGACAGAAUAGUGGACUGGAGUCUACAAUCUUCAUGUCUAUGGUGCGACAGACGGCGUGCAGAGUAGUAAAGACUUGGUUCGCUUUGACGUGGUGAAAGAAUGGUGAUGGAUCCGUCCGCGUCGCGCGCCGCGAGGACUGGCCCGGGGAGUUCCUGGGGUUUAAUGCGUGAGGACGAGUUCGCUUCGUCGUGUGACCAUAGACUAAAUAGACGCACUUGUCUAUGGUGUGACGUACAGCGUUAAUGAGGAAUAGUGAAAAGUCUUGCCAUAUAAGGAUCUCACCUUAAUAGUGUUUUGUUUUAAAAUGAACAUAGAAAUUUUGAAUAUAAAAAAUGUGGUGAUACACCAAUCAUAUCAAAAUUGACAUAACAGUUUUAAAACUAUUGUGCAGAUCCAUAAAAAAUACACAAAUAAGUUCUAAACUUGACUAUGAAAAAACAUUUUGAAAAAUAAAAAGAUUUCAGUGGCUAAAAGACCAUAUCUCUUAUAUUCAAAUAUCUAUGAAACUUCCCUACAAUGUUUCAUCCUUAAAUAGUGAGAAGCGUUACUUCUCCGUCUGAUUUAGGCCUUAGUGUAAGUACUAUUUAUACCUAACCUUAAAAUAUAGGCUAUGCACCCAUUGACCAUUUCUCAUCCUAGUAUUAUUACGGGGAAUUUCAAAAGAGUGACCGAAUUUUCCUUGCAAAUUUUUCUUAACACAUUACUCUGAAGCUUGAUUUCUUUUGAUAUUGAUAGAGGGCAAAAAGUGUAUUUUUUCCUACUUAUUUUAGAUGUUCGUGUUAUUACUCCCUUAUAUCGUCUGGUGACAAGCAAAAGUCACUAAGUACUAUCAAAAAAUUAAAGUAACAAUGCACUUUAUUACACUUGUAACACGGUUUAUUGUCCAAUAAUUUCAAUGGUGUUAGUUAGUGACUUUUGCUUGUCACCCGACGAUAUAAUACAUACUUCUGUAGAUACCUGUAUGAAACGAAAUUAUCCUUGGGACACUUAGUAGGUGUGGUUUUAAAAUAUCGCAUAUGACCCUUUGACUGUCCAUUAAAUGUUAUGCUUACAGAUGUGCAAGUGCAUAAAGUUUUCGGAAAUUGUAGGAAACAAAGGUAACUUUCAUUUUACUAAUGGACAAUUUCGAUUCUCAUAUAAAAAUAUGACGUUUACUAAAUUAUUUCAUGUGGAUAUUUCGCAAUAUUGAAAUCUUUUCGACGGCACAUCAGUAAAAUGCUUACGUACUUAAUGAGAGUAAAAUUUUUUUUCGAAAAAUUCGGGCACUUUUUUGUAAAUCCCCGCAAGGCGUGUAUGGGUUAGAGCGGGCUCAGCGUACAUGCCUGACGCAACCUGUGAUAUGUAUAACCGACGCCCUUCUGCUUCGUUGAUGCUUUUAUAGUGCCGUAGUUAACCAGUUACUAUUAGGAACCUGAGUUAUACGCAGCGCACACGGCAUUCAAAUAAGUCGGGCAUCUUCAUCAGUAUAGAGCACAGUCUAUUUAGUGAACAAUCCCUUGCCAUCGUAUCCUCUCGGACACGUUGAACCUUAUAACCACUACAAUACAGUUGCUUUUUUAACGACAUUGUUGCUUUGGCACGUGCUCAACUCGGUAUGCCACCGCUCGCACAAAAGAACCAAUGGCUUUUGUGAGAUUGGGUCUUAGGCGUAAAAAUCAUUCGAGAAAAUUCAUACUAUAUUUGUCAUCCUACUUCCAUUAACCGCAGUACUUUUUGUACUGAGACUGACUGAAAUAACAUAUGUAAUACGUUCGGGCGUUUUCGUGAAGAUACGAUGGUAAAGGAUUAUUCACUACAUCUGUACAUAAAACAACACUGAAUGCUGCCAUUUAAUGAUGGAAAUGCUUGACAAGUACGUGAAAACUAAUCAUAACGUCAUAAGCGGUCAUCCAUUAAUUACGUCACACGUUUAGGGGGAGGGAGGGGGUCAAGAAAAUGUGACACAAACUUUGUGACGUCACUUUAACUUCAUCAGUAACCGAAAAUUUAUUUAAAUUAUUUAGUUCGCUGUACAUUUAAAUAACAAGUUUUUAAAACGAAAAUAGUUUUUAAUCGUUUAAUUUUCUUUCCUAAGCAGUUUUGGGUGAUAAAAUUACUAAUAUUUAUAUCGUCAAAAAUAUUUUGAUAAAAUAUGAAUAAUACUUAGGUACUUACUUAAUUCGAUUUGGCGAUUUCGUAGAAAAAAUGUGACGUCACACUAGGGGGGAGGGGUUUGCCAAAUGUGACCAAGUGUGACAAGGGGGGGAGGGGUCAAAAAACCUAGAAAUUGGUGUGACGUAAUUAAUGGAUGACCCCUAAGAUCCUAAGGCGGUCUAUUCACGGGUGGUGCAACUGCUUGCGGUACCACUUACCAGUGUGAUAAUUAUACUAGUGUUCAUAAAUAUGUAUAUUUUUUUCAUCUUACUACAAUGGGUUAAGGUGAACAAUUGUAUACAUAUUUAUGAACUCAACUGUGACUAUACCAUGGUCCUUUGGGACGGCUACUUUCUAGCGGUGUCAAGUUAGCCGUUGCAAAAAGUCGAAAACUCCGUUUUGUUAUUUCACUCAACAUUUUUAACGCGGAGUAUAUGCGGCAUAAUACCGUGAAAACGGGUAUGGAAAAGUGAAAAUUAGCGAGCGAGAAGUUUUAAAGUUCUGUAGCAAAACUGUUUUGGGCACAAAAGCUUUGUAUUUUUAUUAUUCUUAUAGCACGUUUGACCAAUGGGAUUUCAGAUGUUUCCGCUGCCUUCCAGCGUUUUUGUACGAAUCAAGUAUUAAUAUAAUCCAUUUAUUUUAAGUAGAACUCGUUUGUAAGGAUAUAAUUAUUGUUACAAAUAUAGUACCGUUCAAUUUUUAUAGUAGACCCCUUUUUUCACUGCAAUGUCGGCGAUUUUUUACAUGAGCAUUUAAUAAUAAGUAGAAAGAUCCUGUAGAUAAAUUUAUUCAUAGCAUUUUUCUCGCUUUUUUAUAGUUUUCAUGGUCAAGAGAUGGAAAUUGGAUCAGAGAUGGGUCCAAAUGUAAGGAUGUAUAGUUUACCUUUUAAUAUGCUUUAUAAGUAUGUAAAUGCAUUUCUUACCAAAUAAAGAUCAUUCAUUAAGUUUUGAACUGAAGAAAAUAAAGAAUAGUAGUUGUAAAGUAACACUGUGAAUAAUUUCUGUGAUAUUUUAUUUUGAUUGUGAUGCUUAUUUAUUAUUCUGAUUUUUUUAUAAGUUUGACAUGUUUUUAUAUCCCAAUGGACUGUAUUUGUACUGACACUUUUUUAUUUGUUUGUUAAUUUAUUUGUUACUAUAUAGGUACAGAUGAACUAAUAGACGUGCAGCACCAUACAAGAAUUCGUGGCAACAAAAUAGUAGUUAAACUAAACGGCGUGGACACUAACUAAAACUAUAGCGGCAAACGUUUAUUUUCAUCUUCUUGCCGCUAAUUUAAUAAACUGUGUACCUUUUAUACUUAGAAAUAGUGUUGGUUAGGACUCGAGCCGUUUGAGUCUGCUUCAAGACUCGACUCGGUUUUUCACUCUUUUAAUUAGGUCUAUUUAAACUCGAGUUCUUUUCAACUUGUUAGAGACCCGAGUCUUUUGUAGAGACUCGAGUUCUUUUCAGAGAACUCGUUAUUGUAUGAUUUGAAGAUUACGUACACAAAAUCAUACCAUAACCCUUAAUUUCUUUACUGUUAUCUAGGAAAAACCUAUACAAUUGUUGAGGGAAUCUUUAGUCGGUGGUUCGAGUCCUUUUGAGUUACUCUAAAAAAAGACUCGACAAAGGACCGGACUCGGGACUUAAAAGACACGCAAGUUUUUUAAGCGCCGAGUCUCGUAAAAAAGAGCUGAGUUCUUCAAUUUCAGACUCAAAGGACUCGAGUUCCUACCAACGCUACUUAGAAACGGUGUCCUAACUUCGUCUACCACACUCACUGUUAAUAUUGAAGAUACGUGAACCUUAAAUACCAUAAGGUUUACAAAUGGUUAGUUACAAACCGUGUCAAUGGCGCCAUCUAGUUAACUUCUACUCUGACGUCACAAAGCCUUAUUUGAUUUUGCACGUCUUUAAGUUCUAUCGCCUGUAUAAAUAUAAUAAAAACCUAAUCCAUUCAUGUAGAACACCAUAUACCUAUUUACUGUAACGUAUCUCCAAUAUAAAAUACUCGUAAAUAUUUUAUAGCAGUCAAUGAUAUUCAUGUGAACUAAAAUGUUACCUAUACCUAGUAUUUGCGAAGUCAGUUUUUAUAUAAAUGUAUUGUAUUUUUUGUACAUAAGGUAGUUAGAUGAAAUUAAUUAUGUGCAAUUAUUACCACCUUUACGGCGCAAUACCAAAGGUAUUUUAUGUUCUGUAACUGUUGUGUAAAAUAUUUGGAGUUAUUAAAUUAUAACAUCAUGAAUGAA